AUGGGCGGAGCGCCGUCGGUUCCCACGGAUCCGUCCCGGAGGAUCCAGGUCAUCGGCGCCGGGUACUCCCGGACCGGCACCGUCUCUCUGCAGCUGGCGCUGGAGAAACUCCUCGACGGGCCUGUGAUGCAUGGCGGCACGCAAGUUCUCCACCGCGAAGAUGCCUACUGCAAGAAGCUCGCGCAGGCGUACGAGGCCAAGCGCGCCGGCGACAAAGCGCGACUCCACAGGCUGCUUGAAGAUAUUUUCGCGGGGUACGUCGGGUGCACCGACAUGCCGCCGAUUGACUUUAUACCCGACCUGCUAGAGCUGUACCCGGAUGCUAAGGUGGUAUUGACCACACGGGACAACGAAAAGUUUGCGAAGAGUAUUCAGCUGGUAGGAAGCAAUGCCUCUAUAUGGUGGCUGCCGUACGUGAUGUGGCCGGUUCCCGGCUGGCGCUGGUUCCCGACGCUGGUGAAUGAGUUCACCAACUCAGCGAUGAAGAUCAAGGGUCCGAAUGAUGGACGGGACCAUUAUCACUGUGAGACCUUUCUCUGCAUGCCCCCAAAACAUCAUAGAGGCUUGUGCGUGCGAAUACUGACCUUUGGAUCAGCAAUACUUCCGAACUGGAAUCAUUCUGUGCAGCAGAUGGUGCCGGCUGACAAGCUGCUCAUCAUGGAUCUGAAGGAAGGAUGGGAGCCUCUGUGCAAGUUUCUGAACGUGCCUGUUCCUGACGAGCCGUUGCCGAGAGCGAAUGAUGCGGCUGCAAUUGAGAAGACUGCCCAAGAGGUCAUUGUCAAGUUGAUGGGCAUAUGGAGCGGCAUGUUUGCGGCAUCUGGCGUGGUUUCAUUUACCGCUUGGAAGCUUUGGAAGACAAGGUAG